AUGGAACACUUUGAUGUGGCUAUCGUCGGGCUUGGUGCCCUUGGGAGCGCCGCGGCCUACCAAGCAGCUCGAAAAGGCGCCAAAGUGGUCGCUUUCGAGCAAUUCGAGCUGGGACACGUACACGGAUCCUCCCACGACACUUCGCGCAUAGUCAGAACCUCAUAUGGGUCACCUGAGUAUGUGGCUCUCGCCAAAGCCGCCUACAAGGACUGGGCCGACCUCGAAAAAGCCGCAGGGCUAAAGCUUCUGACCGUGACUGGCGGCGUGACAUUCCUCAACAAAGAUGGACCGACCCCGGCGAGCGACUACGCGAGGAGUUUGGACGCUAACAACAUUCCUUACGAGCUUCUUGAUGCCGCAGAAGUGCACAGGCGCUGGCCCCAGUUCCAAGUAGGAGACGACAUAGUUACCGUGUACACGGCUGACUCGGGCAUUGUCCACGCCGCCAAAUCAGUCACAGCUAUGCAAUAUGUGGCACGUUCCUAUGGCGCCGUUUUGAAAGAGCGCACUCGGGUGGAAAGUGUGAAGCCCCAGACAUCAGGCAAGGGUGUGAUACUUGAGACUUCGCAAGGCCAGUUCCAUGCAGCCAAGGUGAUUCUCGCGGCCGACGCAUGGACAAACAAACUCCUUGCGCCCCUGGGCGCAGAGAUUCCCUUGGCCGUCACGCAAGAGCAGGUGACGUACUUCAAACCAACGGAUACAGCUGCUUUCAAAUCCGACCGGUUUCCUGUAUGGAUUUGGGGGAAAGAUCUAUGGUUCUACGGAUUCCCAUGCUUCGGCGAGCCGACCAUAAAGGCUGGCCGUGAUAACGCGGAGAACUUUAUGACACCGGAGCAGCGUACCUACGUUCAUUCGCCGAAGCUGUUCCAACAAUUGUCAUGCUUCCUCGACAAGUUGAUACCUGAUAAAGAUCGUCUGCCGCUCCGCACAGUGACUUGUCAAUAUACCAUUACUCCAGAUCGUCAAUUCAUUAUCAGUCCACUGGAAAAGCACCACGACAUCAUUGUAGGUCUAGGCGCUGCCCACGCUUUCAAGUUUGCUCCAGCUUUUGGCCGCGUCCUUGCGGAGUUAGCGAUAGAUGGAAGGACCAAGGAAGAUAUCUCGAGCUUUGGGAUUCCAACAAAAGCCCCUUCUCUGACUAGUAAACUCUAG